AUGAAAGCUAUGCAGCAGCUCAUGAAGGUGUUCGUGAGUAGGAGGCUCCCCCCGGAAGGGCAGAAACUUUUAUCCCAAGCUGAAAACUACACUGUCCAACAGUGGGAUUCAGAUGAUCCUGUGCCAAGGGCUGAGUUGCUAAGCGGGGUAGCUGGAGCACAUGGUCUGCUCUGCGUCUUGUCAGACAAGAUAGAUCAGGAGGUUUCUGGACACAGCUGGGCCCAAUCUCAAGGUUAUCAGUACAUUAUCUGUGGGCUUUGACCACUUGGCAAUCAAUGAAAUAAAAAAAAAUGGAAUCAAAGUGGGCUACACACCAGAUGUUGACUGAUGCCACAGCUGAGCUAAGCGUAGCCUUACUGCUUAAACAUGUCGACGCCUGCCAGAAGCCAUACAAGAGGUGAAAAGUGGAGGAUGGAAAUCGUGGUCUCCCAUGUGGAUGUGUGGGUAUGGAUUGUCUAACAGCACUGUUGGAAUCAUUGGCUUGGGAAGAAUAGGACUGGCCAUUGCCCAACGUCUUAAACCUUUUGGUGUGAAAAAGUUUUUAUACACAGGACGUCAGCCCCGACCUGAACGUGCUGCAGUGGUUAAUGCUGAAUAUGUACCUUGUGAAAAGCUUACAGAGGAUUCAGAUUUCGUUAUAGUGUCCUGCUCUUUAACCCCUGAGACUGAAGGCCUGUGUAAUAAGGAUUUCUUUCAAAGAAUGAAGAAAACCUCAGUUUUUAUUAACAUUAGCAGAGGCACUGCAGUGAACCAGGAAGACUUGUACCAGGCGCUGGUCAGUGGACAGAUUGCAGCUGCUGGAUUAGAUGUUACUGCUCCUGAACCCUUGCCAAAAACUCACCCAUUGCUGAGUCUGAAGAAUUGCGUUAUCUUACCACACAUUGGAAGUGCCACAUUUAGUACAAGGAAUACCAUGUCUGUACUGGCAGUAAAUAAUCUACUGAGAGGCUUGGCUGGGCAGGAGAUGCCAAGUGAACUUAAGCUUUGA